GGAGCGGGCGGCGGAGUGACCCGACCAGCUGUCCUGACACCAGCCCAGACUGCCUCACCUCUUAGCCAUGAGAGCUGCCUACCUCUUCCUGCUGUUCCUGCCUGCAGGCCUGCUGGCUCAGGGCCAAUUUGACCUAGACCAACUGCCCCCGUUCCCAGACCACGUCCAGUACACCCACUACAGUGACCAGAUAGACAACCCGGACUACUAUGAUUAUCAAGAGGUGACUCCUCGGCCCCCCGCGGAGCAGUUCCAGUUCCAGUCCCAGCAGCAAGUCCAACAGGAAGUCAUCGCGGCCCCCACCAUAGCUCCAGGAAAUGUGGAGACAGAGCCCACGGAGCCCGGGCCUCUGGACUGCCGUGAGGAACAGUACCCGUGCACCCGCCUCUACUCCAUCCACAAGCCUUGCAAACAGUGUCUCAAUGAGGUCUGCUUCUACAGCCUCCGCCGCAUGUACGUGGUCAACAAGGAGAUCUGUGUCCGCACGGUCUGUGCCCAUGAGGAGCUCCUUCGAGCUGACCUGUGUCGGGACAAGUUCUCCAAAUGUGGCGUCAUGGCCAGCAGUGGCCUGUGUCAAUCCGUGGCGGCCUCCUGUGCCAGGAGCUGCGGGGGCUGCUAGGGCGGAGCUGGUACCACCCCCCCCCACCCCCGCCCUGGACCUUCCUCGGAUCCGGGGCCCUCAGGCCCUGCCUGACCUGGUGCUUUUCUCCCCAGCCUGACAACCCUUUUAUUCUGUAAAAAGCUAGUGGACUGUGGCCCUGGGGGUUCGUUUCAGGC